CUCCCCACCCCCGCCUCGCCUCAGCCUCCGCCCCCUUCGCGGAAACAACAGCUGCGGCGGCGGAGCUGGCGCCGCCUCCCGCCGCCUCCCUCCACCUACCGCGCCCCGCGCUCCGCGUCCCGGCUCUGUGGCGGCGCCUCCGCCUCCCCGCUAGGUCGGCCGGCGGCUCCGCCCGGCUGCCGCCCAAGAUGAACAUCAUGGACUUCAACGUGAAGAAGCUGGCGGCCGACGCGGGCACCUUCCUCAGUCGCGCGGUGCAGUUUACAGAAGAAAAGCUUGGCCAAGCAGAGAAGACAGAAUUGGAUGCUCACUUAGAAAACCUUCUUAGCAAAGCUGAAUGUACCAAAAUAUGGACAGAAAAAAUAAUGAAACAAACAGAAGUAUUAUUGCAGCCAAAUCCAAAUGCCAGAAUAGAAGAGUUUGUUUAUGAGAAACUGGAUAGAAAAGCACCAAGUCGUGUAAACAACCCAGAACUUUUGGGACAAUAUAUGAUUGAUGCAGGGACUGAGUUUGGCCCAGGAACAGCUUAUGGUAAUGCCCUUAUUAAAUGUGGAGAAACACAAAAACGAAUUGGAACAGCUGACAGAGAGUUAAUUCAAACAUCAGCCUUAAAUUUUCUUACCCCUUUAAGAAACUUUAUAGAAGGAGAUUACAAAACAAUUGCAAAAGAAAGGAAACUGUUACAAAAUAAGAGACUGGAUCUGGAUGCUGCAAAAACCAGACUAAAAAAGGCAAAAACUGCAGAAGCUAAAAGUUCACAACUAAACUCAGCUCGCCCUGAAGGAGAUAACAUGGUAAAUUUCUUUUACAUGCUCAACUUCCUGCAUGUAAAAUGGCUGAAGAUUUGGGCAGAGGAAGUGACAAAAUCUGAACAGGAAGUAAGAAUAACUCAAAGUGAAUUUGAUCGUCAAGCAGAAAUUACCAGACUUCUGCUAGAAGGAAUCAGCAGUACACAUGCCCAUCAUCUCCGCUGUCUGAAUGACUUUGUAGAAGCCCAGAUGACUUACUAUGCCCAGUGUUACCAGUACAUGUUAGACCUCCAAAAACAACUGGGAAGCAGUUUUCCUUCCAGUUAUCUUUGUAACAACAAUCACAAUGCUGGGACACCUGUGCCAUCUGCUUUACCAAAUGUGAUUGGUUCUUCUGCCAUGGCUUCAACAAGUGGCCUAGUAAUCUCCUCUCCUAACAUCAGUGACCUUAAAGAGUCAAGUGGCAGCAGGAAGGCCAGGGUUCUCUACGAUUAUGAUGCUGCAAACAGUACCGAACUAUCACUUUUGGCGGAUGAGGUGAUCACUGUGUUCAGUAUCUUUGGAAUGGAUUCAGACUGGCUAAUGGGGGAAAGAGGAAAUCAGAAGGGCAAGGUGCCAAUUACCUACUUAGAACUGCUCAAUUAAAUAGGGAGACUAAGAAAGAUUACCCAUCAUGACACCAUAUUUAUAUACAAGUAAUUCUAAAUAAAGCAGAUUUAAGUAUCGUCCAUGUUAAUGUCUUAAGAGAUUGAAAAAAACAGCCAAAAGAAAUUAUUCUUUCUGCUAAUAAAAUUGCAUGGUAAAUAUUUCAUUACACAAUUUACAUUAGAAUUUUCAUGCCACAAAUGUUUUCUUAUAAAAGUCUCUUUCUACUGAAGUUUCAUUAAUAUACAACUCUACUUUUGAGCUCCAACUUGAAGCAGAAGAAUUGUUUUCUACUAAAUUUUUCAUUAACAGCAAGCUUUUCUUUUAUGUAAAAUAAAUUUAUUGUGAAUUUGAUAUCAUUGGCUCAUUUACUAGGGAUAAUUAAUAGCCAAAGAAUACAGUUAAAAUUUGUUUUCAACUUUUGGUUUUUAAAAUGCUCUAAGAUAGAAAUCUCUUUUGUGAAAAAUAAUGUUUUUGAAUGCGUCCAAAAACAAAUUCAGUUAAACCAUUUUUACCUUGAGCCCAGCAGAAAUAAAUUAUUUCAAUACUGU